ACACAAAACCACGGUGACCGAUUCGUCGCGUCGCAACACUUUUACUGUGAUUAGCAUUAAAGAUAUUUAGAGAUCAGCUGAACGCACCCGCGCCAAAAUAUUCUUAUCAAAGUCACUUGUUCCUACUGGUUCAUGUUGAAACUGACGUCAUAUUUCGACCAAUCAAAUCACACGUUUAAUCCCCGCCAUCUUGAAGCUCCGAAAGACAAUAUUGGCAAUUUUUCAGGAAUAACCCAGAAGCAGGUGAUACAGUCUUAGACAUGGAUCCAGGACCGCAAGGAGAUGGACAGGACUUAGAAGGUGUGGAGGUCAUAGACACCUCCACCGCUCAGAAGAUUAACACACCGGAAAAUAUAGCACUCUCAGAGUUGAAAUCCCAGGUCAUGCAGUCGAUGCAGAACCCUAAAGCCUUGGCAGCGCUUCAAGGUCACUUUGAUAGUCUAGUCGGUAUGAGAAGCGGAUAUAUUGAAAGCCUUCCCAAAGUAGUCAAAAGGAGAAUAAAAGCUCUGAAGAACAUCCAAGUCAAACACACAGAGUACGAGGUUAAGUUCUACGAAGAGGUUCAUGCUCUGGAAUGUAAAUACGCCAAGUUAUAUGACAGCCUGUAUGAUAAGAGACGAGAUGUAGUCACAGGGACGGUGGAGCCGACGGAUUCGGACUGCGAAUGGGAAAGCAGCGACGAUGAAGAAGAGGAGGAGGAGGAGAUGGAGGGAGGGAAGAAAGAGGUUAAUGCAUUAGCGGGUGAUCUUAAAGAAAAGGCAAAAUUAACAGAAGGAGAGGAAGAAGAGGAAGAAUCACCGUCAGGCAUUCCUGGUUUCUGGUUGACUAUCUUUAAGAAUGUUGAUAUCCUUGGGGAGAUGGUGCAAGAUCACGAUGAACCUAUCCUUAAUCACUUAAAUGAUAUCAGAGUCAAAUUCCACGAAGGAAAACAAAUGGGCUUUACGUUAGAAUUUGUGUUCGCUGCCAACGAUUAUUUCACAAACACCGUCCUAACAAAGAGUUAUCAGAUGAAAUCGGAACCUGAUGAAGGAGAUCCAUUUAGCUUUGAAGGGCCAGAAAUCGUCGGUUCACAGGGAUGUGAGAUUGACUGGAAGAAGAACAAGAACGUCACAGUGAAAGUUAUUAAGAAGAAACAGAAGCACAAGGGACGAGGAACAACCCGUCUCGUAACCAAGACAGUUCAGACCGACUCGUUCUUUAAUUUCUUCAACCCACCCAAAGCAACAGAAGAAGAAGUUGACGAAGAGACUGAAGCAUUAUUAAGCGCAGAUUUUGAGAUUGGUCAUCUGAUACGAGAAAGGAUUAUUCCCAGAGCGGUCCUUUACUUCACAGGAGAGGCAAUAGAAGAUGAUGAGUUUGAGGAAGAACAGGACGACGAUGACCCAGAAGGGGAAGAAGGUGAUGAGGAAGACGACAACGAUCCUGACUUCGAACCAGGAAAGGACGGUCAGAAGCCAGCUGAGUGUAACCAGCAGUAGACUUAUCCCAUCAUAUCCUUGUCUUGCCCAUAAUGCCUUGGGAAUGUACAAGGUGGCGAAACAACCUCACCUUGUGGGACUACUUUAUUUGGAGCAAAGCGAGUCCUUUAUUCUCUAGACUGAAAAAUAGAAGCGAGAGAAUCCACCGCGGCGGCUACGAAUUUACUACUAGAUAUUUUUUACCAGCAAUCGUUCGAUCAUCCUGCCCAUCCCAUCCUUGAGCCGCACGUUUACCUUGCGAUUAUCGUUCCGAGCCUUGGACCUGCAGGCUUUCUUCGCACUGACGCACAUCCACCAUUAACUCUUGAUUUCGGAGGGCAUUUUGAGCAGUAGAGCUCCACAAGUCGAAGACCUCGAUACAGUUACAUUCAAGAGCAACUUCAAUCCAGUAUCGCAUUUUGACACGUGCAUAAGUUGGAACACGGUCAAAUUUACGCUUUGAGAAUUUAAUCAUUACACACUGAAAACAAGAUCUACUUUUAAAUGUGAUGUUGGCCAGAAUCCUAUCUACCAAAAAUUGUGUUUUUACGCUUUUUGCCGAAAGAUUGCUUCACAAUGUUAACAUAGUGUGUGUUCUGUGUUCAGAAAUUGCAUGAACGCAGCCACUACUAUGUAAAACACACAAGAGCCAUAAGAAAGUAAUAUUUUAAACAAAUUUGCCUUUGAACUGGAGAGAGCUGCAACUUGUUACUGCUGAUUAUUUUACAUAAAAUAUUAUUAAUUUGUGUUUUUGCCACUACCAUACCUUUGACAUAUGUGCCAUCAUUGUUUCUACUGGUUGAAAUCAUUUUUUUUUUACUAUUAGAAAUAUUCUAUCAAACUGCAAUUUCUUAUUCCGAACUAUUCUGAAUGAUUUUAAAGUUCUUUUUUUUUUGUACUUUUAUUUUUUAAGCAGCUGUGUAUUCCAAAAUUAUCUUUCAAAGUGAGACCAAUUAAAUACAGAUUUCAGUUUAUUGUAAAAACUUCCUUGUUUAUAGAGAAUGGGUUGAUUUUGAACUAAUUUUCCACUGAAUUGAAUUAGAAAAUUAUUAUAUAAAGAAUGCAUGUGGCAUGUACCGUCAAUAAUUAGAUCAUUUUAUUCUGGUAACUGAUGAGAUUAAAUUUUGAAAACCUGUCAUAUUUUGAAUACAUGUGGCUUUCUUCUAUUUUCUGUAGAAAAAAAUUGUUAUUAGAAACUGUUUUCUUAUGGCUGCUCCCAAAGUUGUAAAAAACGGGUCCCAACCUGAAAAACACUAGCUCAAAUUUGCUCAGAAGUGGAUCAUGUAGUGCAUGUGUAUCACAGCCGUGUAUGUAUCCAUGUGUGUAGGUUACAAUACAUUCUAUUUAUAUUCUCAAAGCCUUUUUUUAUUAUUUUUCAAACGUCCAAAUAUGAUUUGAAAUGUUUUAGUUCCAAGUUAUUGUAGGACUUUGUCACCGAGUGUUAAAAUCUUGUAACUCAAAAUUUUGAAGAAAAAAAAUUGACAACAGCUGAAAAGAAACUCAUACUGUCUGAAAACAUUCUGGUAAUUUAUGUCGAGAUAUUUUUAGGCAAAAGAAGGUUGCUGCCUAUGUCAUAAUCAUAAAAUUCAGCUUUUUCUGAGCUGUUUUCAAAUUCAUAUUCAUUUUGGGAUACAAGGUUUUACACCCCAAUGACGAUAUUAUUUCUUGUGUGAAUAGGGCACUCAUUGAACUUUGACCCCGGAACAGGUCAAAUGUGUUGAUUGCUUCUUGUGGUAAAGAGAUGUUUCAUAGCCAAUGAAUUGGGUAUGUAUGAAUGGUACUACGGAUUGACUUUGUGACGUUACAAUAAUUGUUUUUCUACUGUAAAUUUCUGACAAAAUACUGACUAGAUAUAUUCUAAAAGAAGAAAUGGUGACUCUAUUGCCGUAUAAAUGCAUUGCAUGAUGGAGCAAAAUAGCGAAAAAAAUAUGAAUGUUUUCACUUUGAAUGUUGAUGGUAUUUUGUGUAAAUUGUUUGUGAAUAUUCAUAUUGUAAAGCCAAGCUUGAAACUUGGAUAAAAAUAUUCUAACAAAGUGUUCAUAAUUCUAGACGUUUACAGAUUUUGAUGUCUCUUUCACAAAAGAAGAUGUAUUUAUACUUGAGAGGGUAUGAAUUGUUAUAAAAUGAUGAUAUGAUGGAUCCUGAUUGGCUGAAAUUGAUCAGGUGACCAGUCAUUAAUUUUGGCUAAUGACUUGUUAGAUUGACCGGUCAUACUUUUGAGAUGAGGAUGGUUUAUCAAAUAACAAGGAUCUGCAUCACUAUCUUAUAAAACAAAUAAUGCACAUGUUUUGAGAUGGGGAUGUUUUAUCAAAUAACAAGGAUCUGCAUCACUAUCUUAUAAAACAAAUAAUGCACAUGUUUUGAGAUGGGGAUGUUUUAUCAAAUAACAAGGAUCUGCAUCACUAUCUUAUAAAACAAAUGAUGCACAUCAUUUUGCUUGGGAAUUGAAAUAAUUACACACUUUUUACUUUUGAAACAGUUCAAACACAAUAAACUGUUCCAAAAGUAACUUGGGUGUAUAAUUAUUACUAUGCCCUUCUCGAUGUGUAUCAUUUACUAUUCACCUCUCCCGUAUGUUGUAGAAGUACAGUUGACUUGACAAUUUUUGACAAAAUGAAAGGAUAAAUAUGAAUUGAAUUUGUAAAGAUGUAUUUGAUAUUUCCAAUCAGACUGGCAUAUUUCACACACAUUGAAAAAAAAAUCAGACAAAAAAAAAUAUUAAAAAGUAUGUUACAAGCUGUUACUGUA